AUGAAUAUGGCGAGCUCAUCCGCGGGCUAUUUCCCGUCAGCAGAGCAAGGAAGCUCGUCGUCCUCCAGUCGAAGCCCUCCCAAUCCCGCCAUAGUCGAAGAUGAUAGCGACAUUGACGAUCCAGUCGCAAGCUAUUCCAAAGACCGAACAGUACUUUCUGAAGAUCCUCUUGAUCAGGAUGGCGAAGACGUAGUAUCCUUCAAGCGCAGACCGAAACAAACUGCAGCGACUAGGCUGUUCUCGGCGUUCUCUGGCAGCGUUUCCAAUUCUCGACAGCCUACGCCUUCACCCAGAGCAGGAACUCCGCUAGGACUGCAUACAUUUGGGGAGAAUAGAGGCGGAUCGGGAAAUGCAGGCACAAAAGAUGGAGGGCCAAUGGACUGGUACGCUGAGGGUCCCGGACGCAGAGUCGGCUACGAAGAUAUGACGGCAAUUGACUGGAUCUUCGAGUACACGAAGGAGCGGCAACGCCUACGGAUACUCUAUUCAAAUGCUACUGGCUUGGUUGGAUAUGCGCGGCAGUUCUUGGAUGCCAGUCAGGUCUGGGUUAUUCUGAUUCUGGCGGGUUUGGCAACCGGAACAUUCGCUGCUGCAAUCGAUAUCAUCACUGACUGGCUGGCUGAUUUGAAGACCGGAUAUUGUUCUGCUGGGGAGGAUGGAGGACAUUUCUACUUGAACAAACAUUUCUGUUGUUAUGGCUACGAUGGCUUUGCGCAGUGUAGGGACUGGGUUCCAUGGAGCCUCGCACUUCAUACAACUUCGACGGGUGGUAAAUGGUUCAUAGAAUACUUCUUUUUCAUAGCAUUUUCGGUUUGUUUUGCCAUAACGGCAAGUCUAUUGGUAAAAGAGUACGCUCUGUACGCGAAACAUAGUGGUAUCCCCGAGAUCAAGACUGUUCUUGGAGGAUUUGUCAUACGUAGAUUUAUGGGUACUUGGACAUUGGUUAUUAAAUCACUUGGACUUUGCUUGGCAGUAGCAUCUGGUAUGUGGCUGGGCAAGGAAGGUCCACUGGUACAUGUUGCAUGCUGUUGCGCCAAUCUAUUCAUGAAAUUAUUUGGAAACAUUGAUGGCAAUGAAGCUCGGAAACGAGAGGUCCUGUCAGCCGCAGCGGCUGCUGGAAUAUCCGUUGCGUUUGGAUCUCCAAUUGGCGGUGUGCUAUUCAGUCUCGAACAACUAUCUUACUACUUCCCUGACAAGACGAUGUGGCAGAGUUUCGUCUGUGCCAUGACCGCGGCUGUGACCCUGCAAGCAUUCGACCCAUUUCGAAGCGGCAAGCUUGUAUUGUAUCAAGUAACGUACAGUACAGGUUGGCAUGGAUUUGAGAUGAUUCCUUUUGCCUUACUUGGUAUUUUCGGAGGUCUCUACGGCGGUUUGUUCAUCAAAAUGAACAUGAAAGUCGCUCAGUGGAAGAAGCGAGCAACUUGGCUACCCGGGCCAAUUACUCAAGUUGUGAUUGUGGCCCUUCUAACGGCGCUGAUUAACUACCCUAAUUUCUACAUGCGGGCCCAGUCGUCUGAGCUGGUAUACUCACUCUUCGCAGAGUGCUCAAAGGUAGUGGAUGACCAGUUUGGUCUUUGUAAGACCGGCUCUGCGACAGUGGGCACCAUCUUUCUUCUCAUAUUUGCAGCCAUUCUUGGAUUCUUCCUUGCCUCGAUUACCUUUGGACUUCAGAUACCUGCCGGAAUUAUCUUGCCAUCUAUGGCUGUUGGCGCUCUGUUCGGAAGAGCAGUUGGGAUCAUCAUGGAAAUAUGGGUGCACAAUCACCCAAAUUUCUUUCCAUUCAGUUCUUGUGAACCCGAUAUGGCAUGUGUGACACCCGGGACUUAUGCAAUCAUUGGAGCGGCAGCUGCCCUCGGAGGAGUUACUCGCAUGACAGUCUCUAUCGUAGUCAUAAUGUUUGAGCUCACAGGUGCUCUGACAUAUGUUCUACCUAUCAUGAUUGCUGUAAUGGCAAGCAAGUGGGUUGGGGAUGCCUUUGGUAAAAAGGGUAUCUACGAAAGCUGGAUUCACUUCAACGAAUAUCCGUAUCUUGAUAACAGCGAAGAAAACGUCAUUCCGGAUAUUCCUGUCAGUCAGAUCAUGACACGCAUUGAGGAUCUCGUGGUUUUGACGGCAACUGGACACACCAUCCAAUCCUUAUCAGAGGUUCUUGCGACACAUCCUUAUCGUGGUUUUCCUGUUAUAUCAGAUCCAAGGGACGCGAUUCUACUCGGGUAUAUUUCCCGCGCCGAACUGGAAUACAAUUUACGGUCCUCGACCAAGCUCCCAAGGUCUCUUCCGCCUGAGACUGAAGCAUUCUUCUCGCAUCAACCACUGGCAGAUCCUCGAACGACGCUGGACUUGAGACCAUGGAUGGACCAAACACCUCUCACCCUCCCCGCUAGAUCCAAUCUGCUCCUCACUGCCAACUAUUUCCAGAAGCUUGGGUUGCGAUACGUGCUGUUCAGCGACCGCGGGGUCUUACAGGGUCUGUUGACAAAGAAGGAUGUCUGGUACGUGCUGAAUGGAGCGGAAGAGACGAGAAGGACGAUGGGUGCCGACGGAGUAUCCGUGAACACUGGCCUUACAAGAGAAGGCCGAGAAGGAGAAGAGCGGGGACUACUGGGGAGAGAUGGCGACAGUGUAGAUAACAUGCCCCUGAGUCCAAGGGAGCAUGAUACGCCUAUAUUAUGA